AUGAAGACGUGCAAAAUCGCUGUCAUACAACUUCACCCCAAAGAAAACGAGAUCGAAUCAAAUCACCAAAGAGCCUUAAAAUUCAUCAAAGAAGCAGCAGACUCUGGCGCACAGUUAGCCGUUCUCCCGGAAUACCACCUCGCCGACUUCUUCCCCAGCCACGACCUCUCAAUCAGGCAGAGAUGCGCCAACUGGCAGAAAUACCUCGACGCAUACUGCGCAAUAGCCAAAGAACUAAAUAUCUGCGUUGUGCCGGGAUCACUGGGCGAACUACAUGACGAUAACACGAUCGUCAACGCUGCAUACUUCAUCGACAACACCGGUGCUAUCUGUGGGAAAUACGAGAAAAAGAACCUCUGGCACUCGGAACGGGGCUAUGUCAAGGGAUCUAAAAACGAAACCCGCCACAUCGCGUUCGACACACCCUUGGGCAAAGUCGGGCUUCUGAUCUGUUGGGACUUGGCGUUUCCUGAAGCCUUUAGAGAGCUUAUCGUACAGGGCGCUAAGAUGGUUAUUGUGCCUGCGUUCUGGAAGUACAGCGAUGCAGGGGAAGUUGGAAUGAAGCGCAACCCCAAGUCUGAAGGCGACUUUGUGGAUGCGGCUGUCGUUAGCAGGGCAUUUGAGAAUACUGCUGCGGUGGUGUUUUGCAAUGUUGCAGGGCCACCGGAGGAAGGAUAUGCCGGACUCUCUCAGGUAGCGAUGCCAUUCUUAGGGCGCGUUGAGAGGUUUGAGAAUAGCGAGGAGGGAAUGAGGAUUGUGUCUGUCGACAUGGAUGUUUUGGAGGAGGCCGAGGCCGCUUACAAGAUCCGCGAGGAUAUUGCGACUUCAGAGUGGCACUACGGUUAUCGCCAAUGA